GCGUGGGUUGACUAUGCGGCAGCUGUGCCCACCGCAAAAGAAUCGAGGCAGUCGUUAGCAGGCGGGAGCUGUCUGUACAAACAGUAGUUGCGAAAACGGAUAUGGUUGCAUUGUUAGGACGAUCCUAUAUAAGGAACGAUAGUCAUGCAUUCUUCACCACCGCAACCAUCAUGUUCAGCGUUCGUAUCCUGGCCAUCUUCUUUGUGUUCGCCAUGUUCGCCUUUUCUUACAGUGAAGCAGCUGCCCCUGCAGCCUGUGCAGAUGCGCUAGGAGAUCACUGCGGUGUGUUCCGUUCAUUCUGCGACGAUUCGAAAUGGGCUUCUCUGAAAGGAAAAUGUGCCAAGACUUGCAGAGUGUGCAAGUAA